CCUAUUGUAAAAGGGCACCGAAUUAGGCCUGCAACCAGAGAAAGAGAAAGAGAGAGAGGAGAGAGAGAGAGAGAGAAAGAGAGAGAGAGAGUAUCAACAAUUGGAAAGUUUUGCUGAGCAUAGUUAAAUGCAGUUAUAACAUAAAAGGAACAGAUACUUGAAUUAAUUGCUAUAUAAUUAUAUAUAUAUAUAUUUCAUGUAUAUAUUAGAGUACUCGUGUGCCAGAAAUACGGUAUAAAAUUAACCUCAAAUAAAAAUAUAGAAUAAUUACUGCUUUUUGAAUAUAGUCUUACACAAAAAUGAAUACACGAAUAUUAACAAAAAUAUUAAGAAAUGCCGCGAUUGGUAGAAGAAAACUCCAUAUAACAAAUUUAUCGAAUUUUUAUGAACGAGAUCCAAAAGCAGGUUGUAAAAUUAUAUAUGAUAGACCACCAGUAGAACAGGAUCUAAAUGUUUUUCAAAGAAUACACGAGGGAUAUCGACAGUUCAAAGAGGAGUUCGGUAUUUUUAUGAAGGAAGUGAAAGAACAUUUUCAAAUGGACCCAAUAUUAUUGUACAGACCAAAUGAAGUUGAUGUUGUAUGGCGAUUCAAAGAUGAUCCCAAAUCACUGGAUAAAUGGAUUCUUACUUGUGACAGCGAUUAUGAACAAGGUUUUUCAACAGCCAAAUUGGAAAUAUCUUCUACUGGCACUGGUGUAUUUUCUGGUAUAUUGAGCUCUCGCUUGCCUAAAGAUGGCAAAAUAAAAUAUGCUGGUUACUGCAAUAUUACCACAACACCUAAAUACAAGUCUUUUAAACGUGAAAUUCGUCACGACUGGACACCAUACACUCAUCUCAUCUUUCGUGUUAGAGGAGAUGGAAGAAAUUAUGUAAUAAAUCUCAACACUUCUGGCAUGUUUGACUUGAGUUGGAAUGACAUGUAUCAAUAUGUACUCUAUACCAGAGGUGGACCCUAUUGGCAAUAUAUCAAGAUUCCAUUCUCCAAGUUUGUGUUUACAAGUAAAGGCAGAGUGCAAGACCGACAGGUCCCGAUCGAAUUGCACGAGAUAAAAAAUCUUGGUAUUACAUUAGCGGAUGAUAUUCCCGGCCAUUUUAGAUUGGAAAUAGAUUAUAUAGGUUUAGAGUGUGAUAACUACAACGAAGAAGAAACUGCUUAUGAAGGCUAUGAUCAAACAGGAAUUAGGUUUUAAUUUAUAUGGUAAAAAGAUCGUAUAAUAUAUAUGAUAAUGAUGAUGUAAAAAUGUGAUGUUAUCUCUUGUAUAGUACAGUAGUAUAAGAAGAGAUAUUGUAACAUGUAAAUAAUAAAUUUAUACUUAAAAGACUUUAAA